CAACGACAACAAAUAAAGUGUCCAUGCCGCAAACGAAUGUGCCACUGGGGACAGAUGGCGAACCUAUCAAACUGCCCGACAAUUUGGAGAGCCUGCCAAGAGCCGACAGUUUCCCAUCGCAGCGACAUCGUUGGAAUACAAAUGAGGAAAUCGCAGCGAUUCUUAUCAGCUUUGAUAAGCAUAGCGAAUGGCAAUCAAAAGAAGUCAAAACAAGACCGAAGAGCGGCUCCCUGCUGCUCUACUCGCGCAAGAAGGUGCGCUACAGACGCGACGGCUACUGCUGGAAGAAGCGCAAGGAUGGCAAAACGACCCGCGAGGAUCACAUGAAACUUAAAGUACAAGGCACUGAGUGCAUCUAUGGUUGUUAUGUACACUCGGCCAUAUUGCCCACAUUUCAUCGCAGAUGUUACUGGCUAUUGCAGAAUCCGGACAUUGUUUUGGUGCAUUAUCUGAAUGUACCCUAUCCGGAUGAUAAUAAAAUGGCCGUCAUAGCGCCGAGCAUCACGCUCUGGGGCGACAAGAAGGAGUGGACCAAGGAGGAGCUGGUUAGCCAGCUGAAGCCUAUGCUGUCCACAGUUAAUUCGGAUGAGGACUCUGAUUCGGGCAAUGAUAUAGAAAUAUCGACGGCCGAGACAGUGGAGUCAAUUGUGUGCCAGCUGAUGGAGAAGCAGCGUCUCUCGCGGCAGGCAGCGCUCGUCAAGCAGCUCGACUGCGGCUGCGGCGAUGCUGCCUGUGCGGAUGGGAAGACCUGCACGCAUCCCGUUAUGCGACGCACGGGCGGCAUACUGAAAUCCGUGUCGGAGAAGCGGCCAAAUGAUGCCUACAGCACAGCCAAUGGCACGCCCAAUGUCGUGGUGGCCAGCAAGCUAUAUUCACGCUGGUCGGAGCGGCAUAGGCAGCGUGAGGCGACGCUGCACUUGGACAAUCCGCACGCGCAGUAUCACAAUGCGACGCAGCAGUUGCCGCAGGAGUCGGCGAUCAAGUUUCAAAUCAUUCCCCAGCAACAACAGCAGCAACAGGCCAAUCACAGUGAGGCAAGCUAUCAGCAGCAAUAUCGUGCUGCCAAUCAGAUGCUGGCCACAAGAAGCAAUCUGUUAAUACAGCAGCAGCAGCAGCAGCAACAGCAGCAACAGCAGCAGCAACAGCAACAACAGCAACAACAGCAGCAGCAGCAGCAACAACAACAACAAUAUCAACAACAGCAACAACACUUGAACUUGCAGCGCUUUGUGGCCAGUCACAAUCAGGGCAACCAGAGUCAUAAUCAACACAAUAACAACAGCAACAACAGCAGCAGCAACAAUAGCUCAGCACAUUUAAAUCAUCGCCUGCAAAUUGCCAAUACAACAAUUACGGCAACAACAAGAGAGGCAGCCACAGCAGCAGCAACAGUCGCUGCCUCAAAUGUCAUGGAUACGGAACUAAUUGAAAACCAAAGUCAGCAGCAGCAGCAGCAGUUGACCGCAAAUAGCAACAAAAUCAGCCACAACACAAAUAACAGCAGCAAUAAGCAAUUAACAGCAGCAGCAGCAACAACAACAGCAGCAGCUCACACAAACAACGAAUUAAAUGUGAACAACAACAGCAAUAAUUUUACAUACAAUCAGCAGCAGCAAGCGACUGCUGCCAGCAACACACAGCAGCAGCAGCAGCAGCAACAUUAUUAUAAAUUGCAACAGACAGCCACCCCCAACAGCAGCAACAGCAACGGCAGCAACAGCAGCCAACCCCCAGUUGAGGCCAUGUGCAUGUCACCUGAGCAUCAGAGCAGCGGCAGCAGCAAUCAGCUCACAGCAACGUCUUCCGCUGGCAACACUCCUUCCACGUCCAGCUCCAGUUCCUUACAGUCGAUUAUCGAUGGCAAUCAGCAGCAACAAAUUACAACGACAACAGCAACAACAACACCAAAAACAGCAGCAGCAGCAGCAACUUGUGAUAAUUUAAUGAGCGCCAAUGCGCACGCUGAGCUGGAGUUGGGCAGCAGCAGCGGGCAGCAACAGCAGCAGCAGGGCGGCAACAACAACUACAGCAGCAACAAUCAGGCCACGGAUGCCCACAUACUCAACGGUUGUGCCAAUUACAGUGCUUCCAGUGACAACAGCAGCCAAAUUAGCGCCAGCGACGAAAGCAGCAAUCCAAAUAAUAACAACAACAACAACAACAAUCACAAUAACAACAGCAGCAACAGUCGCAGCCGCAGCAGCAGCCACAGCAACGAGGAUGAGCCGCAGCAGGCGGAGUCGAUGAGCUUCUUCAAUGAGACGCUGGAUCUGUCGCACGAGGACAUACAGCGCACACUCAUCGCCAAUAUGCCCUACAGCAGCAACAGCAACAAUGCGACGGCAACAGCAACAGCAACAGCAUCAACAGCUGGUGGCAGCACUAGCAACAGCAACAAUCAUGAAACGCAGCAGCAACAACAACAGGAGGCGCACAGCUCACGCGAGGAUGAGGAUACGGCGGAUGUGUUCGCCCAUUUGGAUGCUUUCGAUAUGCUGGUGGAGUUCCCCGAACUGGAUUUGGAUGACAAGCAGGCGCUGAACAACACGGCGCUCGAGCAGGUGCAUAGCCAGGCUGGCGGCGUCAGCUCGUAUCCGGGCAUUGCCACGCCCACGCAGGCGACGCAACGCAAGCUGCUUAACAUUUGCGACUUCAGUCCGGAAUGGUCGUACACGGAGGGCGGGGUCAAGGUGCUCGUCGCCGGACCCUGGACGAGCGACGGCGGCUGUUAUACGGUACUGUUCGAUGCACAGCCCGUGCCCACGGUUCUGGUGCAGGAGGGCGUCCUCCGCUGCUAUUGCCCCGCCCACGAGGCGGGUCUGGUCACCCUGCAGGUGGCCUGCGGCGGUUAUUUGGUCUCCAAUGCGGCCAUGUUCGAGUACAAGCUAUCGCUGCUCGCGGAUGCGCCUUUCGAUGCGAGCAGCUCCAACGACUGCCUGUACAAGUUCACGCUCCUGAAUCGCCUUUCCACCAUCGACGAGAAGCUGCAGCUCAAGCUGGAGAACGAGCUAACGAUCGAUCAGACCUCUCUCUUUCUGGAGCCCAACUUCGAGGAGAAGCUGGUGCUCUAUUGCCACCGGCUGACGAAGCACGCCUGGAGCGCGCCCAGCACCUCGGCCAAUUGGAGCGUGGGUCUGCGCGGCAUGACUCUGUUGCAUCUGGCCGCCGCCUUGGGCUACGCCAAGCUGGUGGGCGCCAUGCUCAACUGGCGCGCCGAGAAUCCACAUAUCAUAUUGGAGACGGAGCUGGAUGCGCUCAGCCAGGAUGUGCAUGGCUUUACGCCCCUGGCCUGGGCCUGUGUCCGUGGCCAUUUAGAGUGCACACUGCUGCUCUACAAAUGGAAUCACAAUGCCCUGAAGAUUAAGACGCAGGCGCACCACACGCCACUCGAUCUGGCCAGCCUCAAGGGGCACAAGCAGCUGAUACAGCAGAUAUGCCGUCUGGAGAAGGAGCGCUGUCGCAAGCCGCAGCUGCGCGGCGGUCUGGCCAAUCUCUCCAUGAAUCUGGCCGUCGAGGCAACCACGGAGGAGUCCAGCUAUAGCGUCUACGAGCUCGAACUACAGCGCCGACACGAUGGCGUAUUCCUGCGACCCGUUGCGCUGCACAGCAAUCAAAGUCCGCCAAAUAACAGCAGUCGCUACUCGAAGCGAUCUUCCAUUGACAGCGGCAUCAACAUGGACAUGCGCAGCAAACCCGGCAAGCCGCUCGCCAGGCUGCAUGGAAACUUUGAGCCGCACGAUAACUAUGCGCUGGGCGUGGACUCGCCGCUGGACUCGCUGAGCGGCAACAAUUGCUCCGGUUUGUUGUCGCCGCUGCGUAAAAUGGAUUUCGCGCUGUGCGAGGUAUCCACGGGCGAGUCGAGCCCCAUUAACGAGAAAAGCAUCGAUUGCGAUGAGAAUUCGACGAGCGUGACCGACACAACCCUAAACAAUGGGCUCAACGAUGCUGUCGUAGGGGAUUCGGAUGCAAAGGUUCUGACGCUGGCGGAACACAUUAUCGCCGCCAUGCCGGAGCGCAUUAAGAACGAGGCGGAUGAGAUGAUGGUGCUGGGCAGUCCGCUGACGGAGCCGCUCACCUCGGAGUCCUCGGCGCUAACAGAUAGCUUCAUGGAUCCGCUGCUCGACUCGCUGCCCAACACGCAUUUCGACAGCGACUUCAGUUUCGAUUUUCAGGAUCACAGCUAUCGCUAUCACGACGUGAGCACGCCCUGCUCCAGCCUGAGUCCGGCCAGUUCGGGGCCAUUGCAAUCGCCGGCCAGCUACUCCAUACUGGGCACCGAUCCCUCGGUCAGCUCACCGAGUCCGCCGCCUUCUACCAAACAGCUGACCGAGUUCCUGCACGCCUCGAGCAUAUCCCAGUAUCCGUUCGAGGCUGACUUCUCCAAACUAACGCUGACGGACACCGAACAGCGGGAGCUGUACGAGGCAGCCAAGUGCAUACAGAAGGCAUAUCGGUCGUACAAGGGCCGUCAGAAGCUGGAGGAGCAGAACAAGGAGCGCACGGCCGCCAUCGUUAUACAGAACUAUUAUCGUCGCUAUAAGCAAUACGCCUACUACAGGCAGAUGACCAACGCGGCGCUGGUCAUUCAGCACGGGUAUCGCUCGUAUCGGCGGAACAAGCGCUUCAAGAAGUCGCAGCUGGGCGGCACGGGCAGCGAACAUGGCAGCGUGAGCAGCAACUCGCAAUGCCUGUCCAGCUUCUAUGAUCACUACAAGCAGGAUCAGCAACAGCAGCACGAGCUCGGCUCACAGCCCAGCACGCCCAAGGAGACGAGUCCGUCGGGUCCAUUGAAACGUACUUAUUCCCAGUCUACACAAAACCAGGCUGCCAGAAAAAUACAACAGUUCAUGAGACAAUCACGCAUCAAACUACAGAGAGAGCGAGCCGAAAAAGAGAAGCUGGUGCACCAACGCAGGGCGGAAUACCUUCAAAACUUGCAGUAUCAAGGGCAGCAGGAAAUGUCAGUAUGCCAUAGUGAAAAUAGCAACAAUGUGCAGCACAUGCAACCCAAUCAAUGAGCGCAGCUUGCAACUGAGUGAAUUUUAAGCUUGGAAGAGAGAAGCGAGCGAUAAGCGAUAUAUAAAACAAUGUUCAAUAAGAAUUUAUUAAUAGCUUUAACAACUGAGUGAAACUUUCUACUUUCAUAAUUGUUUAUUAAGACACGCAGCACCUCUUGUAGUGGAACUUUCGUUUCUUACUUUUUAUGAUAUAUCUAUAUCUAUAUAAAUUGUAGUAGCAAGAUCUGCACUUUUAUUCAUUUGCAUAACGAAU